AUGGAAUGCAGUGGCAGCCGAGAUGAAGACAAGCAGUCGCCAUUGUCACAGCCUCAACAACCUCAUCGUAAAGAGAAAGAGCCUGACAAGGGACCAGAUCAUCUACGAACUGACAUAUUAACUGUUGGAAAGCAUAUGCGUCGAUGGAAGAUUGUUCGUAAAAUUGGAAGUGGCGGUUUUGGUCAAAUUUAUCAAGGAUUGGAUCUUGCAACAAAUAAAGAUGUAGCCAUUAAAGUUGAAUCGAAGCAAUGCCCUAAUCAGUUAUUAAAGAUGGAAGUUACUGUCCUCAACGCUGUGCAAGGCAAAGAUCAUAUAUGCCAAUAUGUCGCUUGUGGUAAAACCAAAACUUUCAGUUUCCUUGUCAUGUCAUUACAAGGGAAAAACCUUGGUGAAUUACGUAGAGAAGUACCUAGUGGAACACUUACUAUCGAAACGAUAUUGCGAAUCACCAGGCAAAUUAUUUUAAGUAUUAAAACAGUACACAAAGCAGGUUUCCUUCAUCGUGAUAUUAAGCCUUCCAAUUUUACCAUUGGAAAUACGCCGGAAACCAAGAAAACAGUAUAUAUAUUGGACUUUGGAUUAGCUCGUCCAUAUACUAACGGUAAAGGAGAAGUAAGAAAAGCUCGUUCUAAUGCCGGUUUCCGUGGAACAGCUCGCUAUGCUUCGAUUAAUGCUCAUCAUUCCAAGGAGUUGAGUAGGCGCGAUGAUCUGUGGUCUAUGUUUUAUAUGAUAGUGGAAUUUAGGCUUGGAACUUUACCUUGGAAGAAAAUAAAAAAUAAGGAAGAAAUAGUCACAGUUAAAGAAAAUUGUGAUCCCAAUGAUUUUUUUAGAUUUUUACCUCGAGAAUUUGAACAAAUUUAUAAUCACAUCAAAUCACUACAAUAUGAAGAUGAACCUGACUAUGAUUUGCUGAUCUCCUUAAUUGAUCAAAGCAUUAAACGAAAAAAUGUUGAUCUUAAUGCCCCAUUUGAUUGGGAAAGAAUGAAUGAUACCCCAACAACGCGGCGCAAACGUGCCGCAAAGAACCACUCGGCAGAUUCUACCCCAUGGUAA